AUGAAAAUAUUCUAAAAAGCAAAGUAAUUAACAAUUCCAUUCACUCUUCAUCUAAAAAAUUAACCAAUUGUUGUUAUGGAUACUUUUACUCAAAAAGGAGAUGAAUCUAAAUUUAAUUUAUUUACAGAUUAAUCUAUUGGAGGUGAUAGUAAAGGAGUGGCUGUAUAUAAAUAAGAAGAUGAGGCUGGUAAGAUAUAUAUCUAUUCAUUAUAGUUACAUUUUUGGGUCAAAUCCAAGUUGAUAAGAAAAAGCAAUUAGAAUCCUUACCUCAUAUCGGAAUCUAAUAUCUAUAUUCUAAAUCAGUCAAUAUAGCUAAAUUUACAAAGAUCUUAUUUAAAAUGAGAACAGAUGGAUAAAUCUAUAAAAUAAGAAUAGGAAUUAAUUCAUCUUUUGAUUUCGGACAACAUGAUGCUUACGUAAAACAUAAUUAUCUAAUUUAGGCAUACAUUAUUGAUUAAUCAUAAAUGUGGAAUACUUAUGUUAUACCUUUUCAAAAUUUUGAACAUUAAGGUUUUGAUAAAGAUGUACAAAGGCUUGAAUUAUCUGAUGAAGGUUUAUAAUUCUAUAGAUUCGACAUCCUAAAAGAAUCAAAAAUUAAUGAAAAAAUAGCUAUUCAAAUUAAAGAAUUUGCGAUUUCACAAGAAGAAUUAACAAAAGAAGAAAUUGAUUUCAAAAAACCAAUCUUUUAUAAAUAUUUAGAAAAAUAGAAUACUAUAGACACAGGAAGAGAAAAAUAUAAUUAUUCAAGUUCAAGUAAUUAGAAAGUAAAUCAAAAUAACAAAAGUAUAAACAGUUGGUUUGAUUGA